AUGGUGGUGGAGGAAGAAACAAGCAUAGAAGAAGGGCUUCUACAGCCAAAGGAUCAAAACGUCACAUCAUACAGUCGUAUUACUGCAUCUGUUCUCUGCAGCACUUUCGUCGCCGUCUGUGGCUCCUUCUCCUUUGGUGUUGCGACCGGUUAUACUUCAGGUGCUGAGAUAGGAAUUAUGAAGGACUUGGAUCUUUCUAUCGCACAAUUUUCAGUGUUUGGAUCCUUGUCCACGUUGGGAGCUGCAAUCGGUGCACUGUUCAGCGGUAAAUUGGCGAUGGUCCUCGGCCGAAGAGGAACAAUGUGGCUCUCCGAUAUCCUCUGCAUCACUGGUUGGCUCUUCAUCGCUUUCGCUAAGGAUGUGAUGUGGCUGGACGUCGGAAGAAUAUCCUCAGGGAUGGGAAUCGGCUUGAUUAGCUAUGUGGUACCUGUCUAUAUAGCAGAAAUUGCGCCAAAACAAGUUCGUGGUACAUUUACCUUUUCAAACCAGCUUCUUCAAAACUCUGGAACCGCCGUGGUUUUUUUUUUUGGGAAUUUCAUCACUUGGAGGAGUUUGGCUCUUUUAGGUGCUUUACCAUGCUUCAUUCAAUUAAUUGGUUUAUUCUUUAUACCAGAGUCUCCAAGAUGGCUGGCAAAAGUUGGUACGGACAAAGAACUAGAAAAUUCACUACGUCGACUUAGAGGGAGAGAUGCUGAUAUUUUACAUGAAGCCUCAGAAAUUCAAGUUAUGACCAAAAUGGUGGAAAAUGAUUCAAAGUCGAGUUUUUAUGAUUUGUUCCAGAGAAAGUACAGAUACACUCUCGUGGUUGGAAUAGGGCUAAUGUUGAUACAACAAUUCUCAGGAAGUGCUGCUGUAGUAGCUUAUGCAAGUACCAUUUUUAGAAAAGCUGGGUUUUCAGUGGCCAUUGGAUCGACGAUGCUAGGCCUCUUCAUGAUACCAAAAGCCAUGAUUGGUCUCAUUCUUGUCGAUAAUUGGGGUCGACGACCUCUCUUGUUGACUUCUGCGCUUGGGAUGAGCAUAACUUGCAUACUUCUUGGGGCCUCCUUCACAUUACAGAAAAUGCAAUUGCUUCCGGAACUAACUCCAGUACUUACGUUUAUAUGCAUUACGCUGUAUAUUGGAACUUAUGCAAUAGGCUUGGGAGGCCUCCCUUGGGUAAUUAUGUCAGAGGAACAUUUUUUAUAUUCGGAGCUGUUGGAGGAGCAGCGUUACUUUUUAUUUGGUUGCUUGUUCCAGAAACGAAAGGGUUAUCACUUGAAGAAAUACAAGUUUCGCUUACUCGUCACCUCGACACUCGUCAGCCCGACGAAAUAA